AUGCCUCAACUUGUACACCCACAAUUUCUUAGAAAUAAGGAACUAAACGAGUAUGCUUCUAGAGGAUACAAGAACUUCGUGCUUUCGGAUGCUCUAGCUCAGAUUGAAAGGGAAUGCGAGAAGUUCUGCCCCGUACCUCGGUUCCCGCCGCGGAAGGUAACAGUGGUUGGUGCUGGCAGUGACGUGGGUCGCAUCGCCUGCCUAUUCUUGAAGCAGCAAAAAGUGGUCCGCAUUCUGGCCAUGUACGAUGAGUUUCCGGAGCGAGGAGUGCUCGGUGUGGCCAACGAUAUCGCACACAUCGACACCAGCACUGAGGUGGAAGCCUACCAGGGCCGCUUGUUCCUCAAGGAAGCCCUGCAUGAUGCUGAUGUCGUGCUGAUCUGUGGCGGUGCGUACCUGGCGCCGCCAUGUUGCAAUACGUUGGACAGGCAGAUGUUCUUCCUGAACCUGCAACAUGUUCGCUCGGCUACGAUCGCCACCGCAAAGUUUGCCCCACAUGCCAUCAUCGCGAUACAAACACCACCUGUUGACUGCAACUUUGCGCUGUGCAUACAUACCCUUAUGCGGGCACGUGCGUACGACAAGCGUCGUGUGCUGGGUGUGAAUGCGAUCAAUGCGAUGCGCGCCAACCAGCUGUUCUGUUCCGUUACCGGAGGUGACCCUAGCAAGAGCAGCCUGCCAGUAGUCUGUGGCACUGGUCGAUGUACCAGAGUCCCAGUAUUUUCUGCUGGAAAAGCUGACAACUUUCCACAAUCGAAGACGGAAUGCCUCACCCGACUAGUGCGUGAAGCUGACGAGCUCAUCUGCAAAGUGAAGAGUAACUACGAGCAAGGACAUCUGUCUAUCGGCUUUGCGACUGCCAGGUUUACCAUCAAUCUUAUGAAAGGACUUUUUGAGUCGCCAACGUUUAUAGACAGUGCGUUAGUGGAACAAGGAGAUCCGAGUAAGUGCUACGACAUGCAGUACUGCGCCACACCCGUCACUGUCGGCAAUGGAGGCAUCACUGAAUACGCUGUACCCACACUUAAUGGCAGCGAACUGAAACUAUUGGAAGAUAGUAGGUGUGAUUUUGAAGACAUGUUACACUUGGGCCGAUGUUACGCCACCGGCGACGAAGAGGAAUAUUUCCUUCCUCCUUGCAAAUUCGAUUAUUCUUGUUGUAAAGAUUGUAAAGUUUGUAAGCCCCACAAGAAAACACGUAAAAGUUACUAGCG